AUGUCGCUCAGAACUGCUAGUGUAGCGGUGGCAGCUGCUUUGAUGGCAGCUGCUGCCGUUGAGGCUUAUCAUCGUUAUACUGAUCUCGUUCCUCUACGGAGAUCUGACGCUAAACCCGAGAAGAAGAAAGAGCACUCCGAGGAACUCAUCCGUGAACAAUUGACCAGAAAUUACGCUUUCCUCACCGAAGAGGGAAUGGAGAAGGUCCGUAAUCAGCGUAUCGUUGUUGUGGGAGCUGGUGGUGUCGGGUCCUGGGUGGCUACCAUGUUGGUGCGUUCCGGUGUGGGCAAGAUCAGAAUCAUUGAUUUCGACCAAGUGUCGCUCUCGUCGCUCAACAGACACGCUGUGGCCAAGUUGAAGGAUGUCGGUAUUUCGAAGGUUGACUGCUUGAAAAGCCAUUUGCAUGAAAUCGCACCUUGGGUGGAGAUUGACGUCCACAACAAGUUGUGGGACAAAAACGGCGGAGAGGAUCUCAUCUUGGGCGGUGAUUUUGACCCCACCUUGGUUGUCGAUUGCAUUGACAAUAUCGACACCAAGGUCGACCUCUUGACAUUCUGUCAUGAAAAGAAGCUUAAGGUCAUCUCGUCUGGUGGUGCCGCAUGCAAGUCCGAUCCUACAAGAAUCAAUAUUGCCGAUAUCUCGAAGACUGAAGAAGACCCACUCGCAAGAGCCGUGAGAAUCCGUUUGACCAAGAGGGGCAUAAUUGCCAACAUUCCUGUUGUAUUCAGUGCCGAGAAGCCUGACCCUAGGAAGGCCCGUCUUUUGCCGUUGGAUGAGGAUGAAAUCGCCAAGGGUGAUGUCGAGGAGCUUGCAGCUCUCAAGAGCUUCCGUGUCCGUAUCUUGCCAGUUCUCGGUACCAUGCCGGGAAUGUUCGGUUUAGCCUUAGCUACCCACAUCAUUACGACGGUGGCAGGAUACCCCGUGGAAUACGUCGAGGGUAAAAACAGAUACAAAAUUUACGAUGGCAUAUUGCAGAGCUUGGCAGGUCAAGAGGCUAGAUUGGGCCAUUUGGACCAGAGAACUCCAGUCGCUCUCAGAGAUGUUCCAUACAUCGUGGAAGAAGUGUUUCGCGGUAAGUCGGUGGUCUCUAACUAUUCCACAAGAUUGACGCUUUCAAGAUGGGACCCCUCCAAGGAAUUGAGCUAUCAGAACGUGGUCGUAAUGACGAAAGACGAGCAGAAGAACCACGAGAACAGAGUUUUGAAGGGUGAAGAGAAGCUCGAGGAUGUAUAUAGCGAGGAGGUGCUUCAAAGAGUCGCCCACAGGUUUGCUCAGGAGAAGUACUAUUCCACAUUUAGGUAA